UAAACUGAAGAUCUUCGUCAUCGAGGGUGGUGUUUAAACUGAAGCUCUGACCAGAGAGAGAGAAAUGUCUGGAUUGAAGGACGAAGACGAAGAACGACGGCGUCAGAGGAAGCUGGAGGAAGCCCUCGAAGUCAAAUCCCUUAGGCGUAUCAUCAGCGCCAAUCUCAACUAUCCGGAUGCUGCGGAUGCGGAUGUCAAAAGAUGUGAAAGAUCUUUCAAGAAACUUCCACCUGCCCAUAAGGCUUUGUUAUCCCAUUAUCCUUUCAAGCUUCAGAAGCUAAGACGAUGCAUUUCUGUAAAUUCAUAUUUCAUCUUUAGCAUGCUUCAGGCAUUUGAACCCCCACUUGAUAUGAGCCAGGACAUAGAUUGUUGUGAAAACUCCCAUCUUGAAGAUGCCCCAAAUGAUCAUGGCUCCUCUGGAGCACAAGAUGCUUGCGCUUGUCAUCCUUCGUCCACAAGUGGAAGAUCGUGUUUCUCCAAAUCAAAUCAAGCUUGUUGUGAGGAAGAGAGCAAUUUAUGCAACUCACCAAGAGGAGUUAUUGCCAAUAAGGAGGUGGAAAAUGAAGAACACUGUGAGUCCAUUACUGGAUGCAAGAAUCUAGGCUUGGAAUAUGACAAGGAGACGGAAACUUGCUGUGGAAAUGAUGCCAAUUAUUCCAAUGGAAAUGUGUGCUCGUCAAGUCACGAGUGGUUGGACCCAUCUUUUCAGUUAGAUGUUCCUUUAGUUGAUGUUGACAAGGUUCGUUGUGUUAUAAGGAAUAUAGUCAGAGAUUGGGCAGAAGAGGGACAGAAAGAACGUGAUCAAUGCUACAAGCCCGUCCUUGAAGAGCUUGAUUCCCUAUUCCCUAACCGCAGUGAGGAAAGUCCUCGUGCCUGUUUGGUUCCUGGUGCUGGGCUUGGACGGCUGGCUUUAGAGAUCUCUCGUCUAGGUUUUGUUAGCCAGGGAAAUGAAUUUUCUUACUACAUGAUGAUAUGUUCAAGCUUUAUUCUUAAUCAUACUGAAGUUGCAGGAGAGUGGAAAAUUCAUCCUUGGAUCCACAGCAAUUGCAACUCACUUUCCGAUAGUGACCAACUUCGUGCUGUCUCAAUACCCGAUAUCCAUCCGGCUAGUGCAGGGAUCACCGAAGGCUUUUCCAUGUGUGGUGGUGACUUUGUUGAAGUUUACAGUGAUCCGAGCCAAGUUGGUAUUUGGGAUGCAGUUGUGACUUGCUUCUUUAUCGAUACUGCACAUAACAUUGUUGAGUAUAUCGAAAUCAUAUCAAAAAUCCUCAAAGACGGCGGAGUGUGGAUAAAUAUAGGCCCCCUACUGUAUCACUUUGCAGAGAUGUAUGGUCAAGAAGAUGAAAUGUCCAUUGAACUUAGCUUGGAAGAUGUGAAGAGGGUUGCUUUGCAGUAUGGAUUUGAGUUUGAGAAGGAAAAGACCAUGGAGACAACUUACACAACAAAUCCUAGAGCAAUGAUGCAAAAUCGAUAUUUCGCUGCAUUUUGGACGGCGAGAAAGAAAUCUGCAGUGGAUAAAGAACAAGCUCCUCAAUAGGGCCGUAAGAAAUCACCCCGAACCCGACGAACCCGGCCGAGCCGAGCCGACCCUACUCGAAAAUCACGGGUUUCUAAUUUUUUAUUUAAUUUUCGGUUUUAAUUAUGCCUAACCUGCACUGCGCGGGUAGGGGCGCGGGGUGGGGUUACAUGAACCCGAGGUAACCCUACCCGGCCGAACAUGUUCAAAGUAGGUAAAACAAUG